GGGCCCGAGCGGAUCGCGGGUUCCGGCUGCGGGGCUUCUGGCAGGCAGGGCGCGGAGGCCGGGAGCGGAGCCCAGGCAGAACCGCGCGGGCGGCGCCAUGAAGGGCAAGGAGGAGAAGGAGGGCGGCGCGCGGCUGGGCUCAGGCGGCGGGAGCCCGGAGAAGAGUCCGAGCGCGCAGGAGCUCAAGGAGCAGGGCAACCGGCUCUUCGUGGGCCGCAAGUACCCGGAGGCGGCGGCCUGCUACGGCCGUGCCAUCACCCGCAACCCGCUGGUGGCCGUGUACCACACGAACCGGGCGCUGUGCUACCUGAAAAUGCAGCAGCAUGAGCAGGCCCUGGCUGACUGCCGGCGCGCCCUGGAGCUGGAUGGCCAGUCCGUGAAGGCACACUUCUUCCUGGGCCAGUGCCAGCUGGAGAUGGAGAGCUACGACGAGGCCAUCGCCAACCUGCAGCGAGCCUACAACCUGGCCAAGGAGCAGAGACUCAACUUCGGCGACGACAUCCCCAGCGCGCUGCGCAUCGCCAAGAAGAAGCGCUGGAACAGCAUCGAAGAACGGAGAAUCCACCAGGAGAAUGAGCUGCACGCGUACCUCACACGGCUCAUUGUGGCCGAGCGUGAGAGGGAGCUGGAGGCGUGUCAGCGGAACCAUGAGGACAAGGAUGACGGCCAUGCCCGGGCCCAGCAGGCCUGCAUCGAGGCCAAGCAUGACAAGUACCUGGCAGACAUGGAUGACCUCUUCUCCCAAGUGGAUGAGAAGAGAAAGAAGCGCGACAUCCCGGACUACCUGUGCGGCAAGAUCAGCUUCGAGCUGAUGCGGGAACCGUGCAUCACGCCCAGCGGCAUCACGUAUGACCGGAAGGACAUUGAGGAGCACUUGCAGCGUGUGGGCCACUUUGACCCAGUGACCAGGAGCCCGCUGACCCAGGAACAGCUCAUCCCCAACCUGGCCAUGAAGGAGGUCAUUGACGCAUUCAUCUCUGACAACGGCUGGGUGGAGGACUACUGAGCCUGUGGCGGGUGUCGCUCAGCCCUCCUGUCCCUGUACAUAGUCUGUCCCCAGAGGCCCUCCACCCCUCCCCCAGCCCGCCCACCUUUCUGCUGUUGGGCCCAGAGCCUCCCCGUCCUACUCUGGGCCCCUAACAGCAGUGAAGGUAGGCGGCCAGGGCCACCUCACCCCUGUAAUAAAGUCUGUGAGCACUCA